AUCUACAGCUACUUAUAUUAGCACCAGUAAUAGCAGAGACUCCUCUUCCCCAAAAGCCCCUGCUACAUGGCAAUGCUGUAGUAUUGGCUUUCUAAAAAUCCUUUCCAUUUAUACAACAGUCUGACUUAGGUUUGGCCAUCCAUCUAGUGGAUAUAAGUACUUUCUGAUUAAUCCAACCUUUUACCUCCCUCCCAGGCUACUCCUAGAUCAGUGUGCGAACAUCGGACUUUGUCCCCGCGCUUCUAAUAUUCACCCAAACUUCCAUGGAGACUGGAAAUGCAGUAGUAGGGUUCGACAGGCAGACCCUAAAUGACAUAAUUAGUCAACUCUUCAAGUGUCUGCACCCAACAGGAAUUUUAAAAGUACCCCCAAGAAAAGUGAUAGGCACAACAACAACAGUAUCUAUAAGUAUUGAUGAGGCUCCUUCAGUGGACUUGGUCAAUAGUACAGUUGUCCCACCUUGCCCAGUCAUAUUCAAAAUUUGGGUUCCUAGCAUUACAGUAUUACUCUCCUAUGACCAGCCACAUAAGAACACUACUUCAACACUUCGACAAGGUGCACUAAGUCUCACUGCAUCGGCCACACUGAAUGCAGACCCACAAGGUUCAACACUAAAGAUAGAAACACUUCAUGGCAUCUUCACUUCCAAUACAGAUACAGCUGAUUCCAUUGAUUCUAUUAUAAAUAGUUUGGUCCUCCCUGUUCUAAUGGACUACAUCAAUAAGGAAAAGCCAUGCCAUGUUCCGCAAUUAUCUUCCAUCAAGGGACUGAAAUUUGACAUUCAGCGUAUCAUAAGCCAGAAUGAUCAACUUAUCGUAUGUGCUGCCAGUGGUAGGACACCUCUAAGCUUGGCAAUCCGUUUUUGUAAUAUGCCGGCUGGUGCAUUUAUUGGAGCAGAUGCAGCUCUCCUUACCAUGGCUGGAAAUCAGGCUAUUUCAAAGAUCAAAAUAGAUAAGGAGUUUAACCUCUUAAAUGCCUAUAAUGCUAGGACGCAUUUCAACUUUGGACCAAUUUCAAACGUUAGCAUUAUGGAUGACAGUUCGAGGAAUGUGUCGGCUCGUUUAGCUAUAGAAGCAACAACUAAGGUCACACAACCUUACAGCCAAGAAUCGCAGCUAAAAGGCAUAGCUGACCUAACGCUCUAUGCAACCAUCAAAGAUGAGCGGCUCUGUAUGAGAAUACAGAGAAUAGAUAACCUUACUCUUGAACAGCAAAUUACUGGCGUCUCAGACUGGAUAAAUAACUUAAACAACAUGGUUUUGAAAGUUUACAAUGGACUUUAUAAACAAGUGUCAAAUUUUAUAGUGGGCAUUCUAGGAGAUUGGGAAUUCGACGUAUUUAAGUUGCAAUUCCCGGUCCCGACCAGAGACGGCCUCAGCAUCCUAAUUCAACUAGAGGAUGCCCAGAUAGCGGUGCUAAACACAACGGGAGAGGCAUUGAUAAUUGCUUCAGGGACGCCGACUGUCUGCAUAUGUACUUGAUGCUUGUAUUAAGGCUUAACUAGCAAAAUGUAUAUGACACUGUGAACCAUUCCCCCUACAGCGUUCAAACAUUGACAUCAAUAGCAAAGGGGCCGUGGGGGUUGAAUCACCA